AACCCUCUCAGAACCCCUUUGUCUGCAAAUCUCCCAAAUCCAUGGCUCUCUCCAAACCCUCCUUCCUCACCCACCUCAAAACCCUAGCCAAACCGCCCCACCGCCACCUCCGCCGCCCCUCAUUCCUCUCUCUGCGUUCCCUCUCCUUCGCCACCCCCGAAGACGCCGCCGCCGACCGCCGCCGCCGCAAGCGCCGCCUCCGCAUCGAGCCCCCAAUCUCCCCCCUCCACCGCUCCCAACAACAACAACAACCCCCAAAACCCCAAAACCCUAACCCUAACCCUAACUCCCCCAAGCUCCCGGAACCCGUCUCCGCUCUCUCCGGCAACCGCCUCAACCUCCACAACAAAAUCCUCGCCCUCAUCCGCCGCAACGACCUCGAAGAAGCCGCCCUCUACACCCGCCACUCCAUCUACUCCAACUGCCGCCCCACCAUCUACACCGUCAACUCCGUACUCGCCGCCCAGCUCCGCCAGUCCAAGUACUCCGACCUCCUCUCCCUCCACCGCUUCAUCACCCAGGCCGGCGUCGCCCCCAACAUCGUCACCCACAACCUCAUCUUCCAGACCUAUCUCGACUGCCGGAAGCCCGAUACUGCUAUGGAGCAUUACAAGCAGCUCAUCAACGACGCGCCGUUUAAUCCUUCUCCGACGACCUACCGGAUUCUGAUCAAGGGGUUGGUGGACAAUGGCAAGCUGGAGAGGGCCAUGGAGCUCAAGGAGGAGAUGGUUGAUGUCAAGGGUUUCGAGCCGGACCCGGUUGUGUAUCACUAUCUGAUGGUGGGGUGUGUGAGGAAUUCGGAUUCGGAUGGGGUGUUUCGGCUUUACGAGGAGUUGAAGGAGAAGCUGGGAGGGGAGGUGGAGGAUGGGGUUGUGAUUGGGAGUCUGAUGAAGGGGUAUUUCAUCAAGGAAAUGGAGAAGGAGGCAAUGGAGUGUUAUGAACAGGCUUCGAAGGUGAAGAUGAAUGCGGUGGCGUAUAACUCGGUGUUGGAGGCUUUGUGUGGGUAUGGGAAGUUUGAUGAGGCGUUGAAGUUGUUUGAUAGGAUGAGGGAGGAGCAUUUCCCGCCGAGGAGGUUUACGGUGAAUUUGGGGAGCUUUAAUGUGAUGGCGGACGGGUAUUGUGCGCAGGGGAGGUUUAAGGAGGCGGUUGAGGUUUUUAGGAAGAUGGGGGAGUAUAGAUGUGACCCGGAUACGUUGUCGUUUAAUAAUUUGAUUCAGCAUUUGUGUAGCAAUGGGAUGCUGAGUGAGGCUGAGGAGGUUUAUGGGGAGAUGGGGGAGAAGGGGGUGAACCCGGAUGAGUAUACUUACUCGUUGUUGAUGGAUACUUGUUUUGAGGAGAAUAGGCCUGAUGAUGCGGCUGAGUAUUUUAGGAAAAUGGUGGAUGAGAAGUUGAGGCCGAAUUUGGCUGUUUAUAGUAGGUUGGCUGAUGGGUUGGUUAAGGUGGGGAAGGUUGAUGAGGCGAAAUCGUUUUUUGAUCUUAUGGGGAAGAAGCUGAAGAUGGAUGUUGCGAGCUAUCAGUUUAUAAUGAAGGCAUUGAGUGAUGCAGGGAAAUUUGAUGAGGUGCUUAAUGUGGUGGAUACAUUGUUGGAGGACGAAUGGAUUGAAUUGAAUGAGGAGUUGCAGGAGUUCAUCAAAGGGGAGCUGAGAAAGGAUGGGAGAGAGGAUGAAUUGGGAAAGCUGAUAGAGGAGAAGGAAAGGCUGAAGGCUGAGGCUAAGGCGAAGGAGAUUGAGGAAGCAGAAGCAGCAAAGAGAAGUAGAAGUGCUGCUGUCUCCUCGUUACUUCCGUCUAGUUUGUUUGGGAAGAAAGAGACAGGGUCUACAGAGGCCACUGAAAAAGUAGGUGAAGCUGCCUCAGCUUCUGUGGAGGCUGCUCCAGCUGCUGACACGAACUCGGCAGAGCAAGCAGUCAUAGGUGAAAGUUCAGAUGAAGAAUCCAAAAGCGAGGGUGCAAACGAGCAGGUAGUGGCUUGAGGGCAACAUAUCUGGUGAAAACAAGGCAGGGGAAUGGUCGUAUUUUAUGUUAUCUGCUUCCCUACCUAGUCGAAUUUGUAAUCAGAUUUUAGAACUUAUUGGAUUACUUUUCUCUACAAUCAGUGUGUUUAUGGCCUGAACUCGGCAAAUCAUUCACUUCUGAUGUUUCAGUCCUCCUUGUUUAAAUUUCGAAUCUCUGUACAUGAAAUGAGCUAGUUGUUUAACAUGAGCUAAAAGAGCCAUAUACUUGAAUGCCAAUGGGAUGCAUGAAUUUUAA